AUGAUAGGAUUAAUAACGUUCAUAAAAGAAAAUUUUCACAAGCUUGAAGAAGAGAGCUUUGAGCAUAUGCCCAUUGGUUUUGAAAAAGCAUGUCCUUCACUAAUUGAGAUGGCUAGAAAAAUGAACAUUGAUAUCCCUUAUGAUGCUCCCAUCAUUCAAGAGAUUCACAAUCGAAGAAAUAUAAAGCUAAAACGUCGAUCAUCUUUGGAUAAAACCUUAACUCCUCUGGUUCUGAAUAGAAAUGGAGAAGAUAUGAAUGAACUUGUUUUAAGCAAAAGAAAAGGAUCCCAGGCCGCGAAGUCGGAGGACACUACAAGAAAAAGGGCAUAUGCAUUGACCACUUGUGUGGUAUAUACUCAUGUCACCAUAAGGAACCUUAACUCCUCUGCUGCAACUUUAGAUACUUUCAUUCAUUUACUGGAAAUCGUCCAGCUGCGAUUGAUUGAUACAAAGAAACACGGAUGCCUGCAGAUCAGCGCCGGCAGCAUCAAUUUGAUGCACAGCGAGGCCGCGGAUGAUUCUGCGAUCGACUCAAGAUUUGCACAACUCAGCGCUGAAAACGGGUUAUCCCUGAAGUUGCACAGGUCACUGGAAUUGAGCCGGUCACCGCUGAAGAAGAUCAUCUGCUGGAAGUAUCGAAGUAUCCUCUUGGCAGCCUUCAAGCUUCCAGCAAGGCUCUUGAACGUAUCUUCGUUGAGAGAUGAAGAUUCCAUCAUCCAAUUGCUUGACCUCGAUGCCAAGAUAAUAGGACAUAAGUCCUAUAUCAGUAAUCUCAGACUCUUUAGUCAUUGCCUUCUUGAAAUCUUCGAUCAUGCUAGGAUCUUGCCUUUGGUGACAAGUCUUGCUUUGUACUUCUCAACUUCUCCUUUAGCGUUCUUCUUUGCUUUGAACACCCACUUUACUCCAAUUCGUGUCUCCACUUCUCGUUCCUUGCUGCCUCUUCAUCUCUUGAAGGAAGUCGUAGCUUUCACCACCUUCAAUAUUCUAAUCCCAGGUUCCUUCUUCAUCAAACUCUACAUCUCUACUCACAAUAGCUUUCCAACAAAGACAUGCUUCUCGCUUCGAUCAUCAAGUUUAGACCGCUUUUGGCUUGACUCUUCGUUGGACAUCGAUUUACAUGCUACGAACCAUAUUGAGAAUGGUUCUAUUCUUCCAUUCCGCAACUCCAUUUUGUUGUGGGGAGUAAGGAGCUACCUUAAGGCUUUGAUUUUCAAGCCUUUCUCCUUCUCCACCACAGUCUUAAAUGUCUUAAAAGAUGAAGCUCCUGAGCUCUUGAUGUUGCUUCUUUUGGAAAAGCACUCCUCGAAUGCUUCCCAAAUAACAUUUUCAAGUCACCAAAAUUUAAAUGACCAUACCUCAUUUCUCAUGUUGAAUGUUCAACAAGAACAUUCUAUUGCUUGUCAUUGGCACAAUGAUGUAUUGAAUCAUCUCCAAACAUCACUCAUGUGGUUACUCGCAGCGGAGUCAAGAUACCACGUCUUCCUCUCUUCUUUGUCCUCGUGUCUUGCCAUUAAGAGAGUGAGGAGGAACUAUUUUUUUUUAUGGAAUCUGGAUGAGACUAUUCCUCUUCGACACCAAAUCAUAACACCCCCGGUUGAAUUGAAAUUAUCCAUUGUAUAUGACCUGAUAAGCUUUUAUACGGGUUCGUCAAUUCAUGUUGAUGAAAUUAAAUGGGAAUUAAUACCGAUCACCUAUUUCUAUGACCUUUUAAGUUGCAAUUGUGUUAAAAAAGUGCUAAAAAGGCUAAGCAAGAUCAUGAAGAAAAAGUUGAAUCAUUCAGGGUUAUUAGAUUUCGAUAACCAUCAUUUGGAGAAAUCAAAUUAUAUUGCGCUAAAGGUCUCCAUUUACGCCAGCGGAAUAGUUUGUAGCAAAGCUCUGGAGUUUGAUUUAAUUUCAACUGAUUUAGCACAAGUUGUUCAUGACAACAAAAAUCAAUACCAUAGAUUUCACAAGGCAAUCAACCAAUCUAUAUAUAGGCUAUUAUUGAACAGACUUUAUUCAGUCAUGGGAGUAUUAUGUAAUAUUUCACAAUCAGAUUUUGAUCCUUCAUUAGUUAAAUCCAUGGUUGCAAAAUUUUCCAAAUUUCAGUUUGUAUCAUCAGCAACUCGUUUGACCAUAACAACAGCAAUUAUUGCUCGUUCCUAUAAACAAUGUCAUCUUAGGUAUAAGUCUAAUCAAGCUGAUCCAAAGAUCGUUAGCCCAAAAUUGUUCCAAGACUGGCAUUUAUCUAAAGAGCUCAGGAAAAAGUAUGAGAAUUUCUAUUUUUCUGCUACUCGUAAUCAGUGGAUAUCCUAUAACAUCACCACGGAUUCAAGACCAAUCAAAAGGGCACUGAUUUACUUUCCCCGGAAUAGUCAUAUUUUUUCACCGGACUCGGAUUUGGAAGGGGCUUUCCUCAUGCUCCACCACCUCAAUGUUCCAUUAGAGGCCGCGCAAGAGAUGUUCCCGCAGAUCAAAGAAUUUGCUCUAAACUUGGCGAGCCAGCCGCAUUAUCGAGCCCCAUCCUUGAUGUCGAUUCACGUAGAGAUUAGCAAAUGGACAAAUGUUGAUGUUACCAGUGAGAUAUUUGGUCAAGGGUUCGACGAAGACAGUUCAUUUGAGGAUGAAAUUAUGUUAUCUGAGAUGGCUAAUCUCUCAUUUGAUGAUGUGAAUCCAGUUGGAGUUAGGCCAGCUACUCGGGAAGCUAUAGAGGAUUUAGUAAGGAAUGAUACAAUCAAUAUUCUUGAAGAAAAUGAGUUUCAGCCUUGUGUAAUUUGUCUCGAAGUAUUUGCUAUUGGGACGGCUGCCAUUAGGAUGCCAUGCGACCAUAUAUUCCAUACCGAGUGUAUCUGCAGAUGGCUGAUCAUUAGCAACAAAUGCCCUAUUUGCCGCUUUGAGAUGCAGGCAGUUGAGCCCUAA